UGCAAACCUACGUAGUGUGGCAACGCCGCAUGUGCUAUCAGCACCGGUCAUAUGAAUAAGAAGAAGAAUUGGUUUGUUUACAAAAAGCGGCAAGCAAAAUGGGAAAGCACAGGACACUGCAGCAGGAUGCGAUUUUCCUUAAGUUCAUGCAGAGUCACAAGGACUUCGCAAGGGGUUCCUCUCGUGGCAACCGGCUGGAAACGAAUGAGGCCUGGGCCAGUCUUUCCCAGGCUCUCAAUGCCUGUGGCCCGCCAUGUAAGUCUGAAGAGGGUUGGCGCCGCGUCUGGAAGGACUGGAAGUGCACCAUCAAGAAGAAGUCCAUCGAUAAGGGCUGGCCACACAAACAUGAACCAAUGUCCUCUACGGAAGAAGCCCUCGCUGCCAUCCUGCAGUUUAAUAAGUUAACAGCAGAUCAACCAGAUAACAAUUCACCUGAUCUAGAAUUGAGGAACGGUUCCUCACCCCAGUUCGCCGUGCAGAAGGUGUGGGAGGGGGAUUGCGAGGAUCCUAACACCUCGGUUAGACCUAGGAAGAAGAUUAAAAUUGACUCCAGACGCAGUACUAGCUCAAGUGAGGCCUCAGGCUACAGGGAGCUAAGCUACAGGGCCUCAGAAAGCAGCAAAGACAUAGAAGAUGAAUUGACAGACGAGGAGUACGCCGACGAUCCUUUACAUGAAAGACUUCUUACGAGGGACAAGAUCAGUGAAAGACCUAUCAAGCGUAAGACAGAUAAAACCAGCUUAAGGACUCCAACGGAAGAGACUUCAUAUGAUAGUUCAGAAGAUGCUGCAUCUCUAAAGGAAAUUGCCGGGCAGCUACGCGCACUGAAUGAAACGACAAGGUCUGCAACAAAGUCAAUUAUGUCUAUGGCAGCCAGAAUGUGCGAUUUGAUGGAAAGGGGAUUGGAGGAGCGACAACAGCACAAUGCCUUACUCAAGAAACUGUUGUAUAACAGAAAAUGAAACAAAUUUAUUUGUAUACAUAUUGCUUUACUACCUUUGCAAACUAUAGACAAUCAAUAUAAGUUAUGUUGGUUCACAACAA